AUGGAGUACACACGUCUGCAAAAUCUGCCCAUGCCGGCUGUACUUCGGCGCCGGCUUCCCCGACUGUACUCGUCCCACGGAGCCGUUGCCGAAAAGUCAUCCCGGGGGUCCUUGCCGGCGGAGUCGUCGAGUUCGUUUGUAUCCUCGUUUCCCGACGAGCAUCAGACCUGGGAGCCAGUUGUCACAAGAAUCGAGCGACCCUCUACAGCAAGCGAUGAUCUGACCUCCUUUGAUUCUCAGUCACGAGGUUCCAUCAGCCCGCUCGGGGAAGAGGUGGGCUGUCCAGAUAACUACGAGACCGAGUCCGGUUUGCGAUGGAAUCGCGUUGCGCCGGCUUUCAAUCUCCUCCGCAAUGCUGGCUACGAGGCUCAAAGACCGCAGGCGGAUGGUCGUCUGGUACGAUCGCUCUACGUCAGUGCCGUGAUGUACUUGCUUGAUGCAUUGCCUUCCGAUCUCACUCCAGAUGAGACCGUCCUGCUUCGGCACCGUUUACCCGAGUCUCUCAGAGACAAAGUGACAUCUUCACCGAAUUCGCAACAAUUGCAAGCCCAGACGACCCCGGGCGUAGAGGUCGAUCGACUCCCGCGAUCAUAUCUCCACCGGCUGCUCGCCUCAAUGAUCGUGCAAUGCUUCAUUUUCAUCAGAUUCGUGCUGCCGUAUUUGCAAUUGUUCUUACACAAGGCAUAUGAGUACGAGCGAUCACAUCGACUUACGGAGCGGUUUAUCGCGAGCACUCUCGAUGUCGCAGAGGGCUUGGGCAGGAGCGGUGCGAGUAUUGGCUCGGCUGUUCUAAGGCUCAAUGAAGGGAAAUUGGGAAUCGCGGUUGGAAAUUUCGCCAGCUGGUGGAUAGAAGGCAUCGCUGGCGGUGUCUAUGAUGGUGUUGGAGAAGGCAUGAUGCAAGCGGGCCUGGUGAAAACUGGGUUGGAACUCUGA